AUGCCCCCCUUAACCCCCCUGUGGUCCCUCGCCCGCAGCUACUCCUCCAAUGGCGCCGCCAAGUCGCGCCUCGGGAAGACGUUGAGCCUGGACCAGUUCCUCCAACGAUCCCGCGCCCUCUCCCUCUACCGCGAAAUCAUCCGCGGCACGCGACGCAUCGCGGACCCGACCACCCGCGCCGAGUCCCGCCGCUACGCCCGCGAUGAGUUCGAGCGUCACCGCGAUGUGACGGACGUUGUAUGCCUCUUCCCCCACACUCAUCUCACAUUAAGGACUGACACCGUUGGCCAGGGCCAUAUCCGCUACCUCAUCUCAACAGGCAAGACGGAGUUCCAGGGCAUGGAGCGGUACAUUGACGGGUUGUAG